ACGCGCAUGGACGCUGAACCACGAUUUCCCUUUGAGCUCGAGAAGGAGGUCUUCGAAACGGCGGCACUAGCGUAUCCAGAGACGAUACCCACACUUCUACUCGUCGCCCGCCGCGUCUCCGUCUGGGUUGAGCCUUUUCUCUACCGUACCUCCCCCACCUUCAUCGCCAAUGCCGUUCGCUGCCUGGUGCUGGACUACUCGUGUCCCAUCAACAACGGGACCCUGUCCCUGCUUGCGCGCUGUACCCGGGUCACUGCCGUGGGAAUGAACGCCAAGGACACAGCCGACACGCUGCUGCCCGCGCUCGCCGCGCUGCCACUCCAGCGGUUCGCCGGGUUCCUCAGCCACCUUCUCCCGACCGACCUCCAUGCCGGCGGUGGCCUCACCCUCAACGCGGACGACACCCUCGCCCACACGUUCUGGCAGCAGCUCACGCAUCUCGACGUGUUCGAGACGCUCGACACGGCCCGCGGCCGGGCCGCCCGCGCGCUGCUGCCCCGCCUCCCGCGCCUCACACAUCUCGCGGUGGGCCACGCGGGCGUACUCCCAGUGAUACGGCACCUACUCGUCGAUACGCUCCAGUCUUGCGCCCAUCUGCAGGUCCUCGUCGUGCUUGGCCACCCCAACGUCGCUGGGUCCGGGAAACAGCCGCUUCCGCGCCUGCUCAGGGACCCCCGGGUCGUGAUCCUCGUGCGGGCCGACCUGACCUGGGACGACUCCGUCCUGCCUACGCCGAACCUCUGGACGACGGCGGAGCAGUUCCUGCAGAGGAAGCGGAGGAACGAGGUCGGACCGGACGAAUAUUGGGCGUGA